AUGUCUUCUGGCGGCGGCGACGGCGGUGGCGGAAAGCUAUACUUCUGCCACAAUUGCACUCAAAGAGUUACCUGUUCGGAGGAUUCCGAGCCUUUCUGUCCAAUCUGCUUCCAAGGUUUCAUUGAAGAAUGCACUCCCGAUCCAAACCCUAACCCUAACGUCAUUUUCCGCUUCAACCAAGACGAUUCCGAUAACGAAUCCGAUUUUCCCUUCCAUCCUUUCUCUCUUCUCCCUUUGUUGCUUUCUUCUGCUUCGAUUUCACGUACUCGCCUCGAAACCACCGAAGCCGCUGAAACGGAAAACGAUAAUUUCGACCCUUUCACUUUCCUUCAGAAUCAUCUUAACGGCCUUCAUGCUGAUGGUGCUAAUAUCCAGUUCGAGAUCAAUCAUGGUUCGGGUUCCGAAUCGGGGUUUCGCGUUCCGGCUAACAUGGGGGAUUACUUCCUCGGUCCUGGUCUUGAGCAAUUGAUUCAGCAGCUUGCUGAGAAUGAUCCUAACCGGUAUGGAACUCCUCCGGCGUCAACGGAUGCUGUUCAGAAUCUUCCCAGUGUUGUUGUUGAUGAUGAGUUGUUGAACUCGGAGAUGAACCAGUGUGCUGUUUGUCAGGAUGAGUUUGACAAGGGUUUGCAGGUGAAGCAAAUGCCUUGUAAGCAUUGUUAUCAUGAUGAUUGCUUGCUUCCGUGGCUUCAGUUGCAUAACUCGUGCCCUGUUUGUCGAUAUGAAUUGCCUACUGAUGAUGCUGAUUAUGAGAACCGGGAUAGGAGCAGUGAUGGUGAUGGGUUGAGGUCUGUUGUUGAUGGGACCAGUGCUGGUGGUGGUGCAGGAGGAGGGAAUAGACCUGUUCACAGGACUUUUAGAAUAUCUUUGCGGUAUCCUUUUGGUUCUGGUAACUCUGCUCAGGACUCUGAUGGAAGGGGAUUGGGAAGUAGGCAAGAAGAUUUGGAUUGA